AUGCAUCUCCUGAACUCCGAAGUCGACGAGUCACUCAAAGGCGUCUAUCGGAUUGAAUUCAUCCACGAAGGUGUGCAGCCUCCAGUCUACAUUGCUGGCACCUUUGCCAAUCCACCAUGGCAGCCGCUUGAGAUGGACGUAGUAAAACAAGAACUCUCUGGCGAGUACAAGUUUAGUAUAACACUAAAUAUCCCCAAAGGCCUAGAUCACCAGUACAAAUUUCGGGUUGGCGAGGGAAAUUUGUGGUUACUGAAUGAAGAUGAACCCAUUGUUAUUGACGAUGCAGGGAAUCGAAAUAACCUGCUCCACACUGAAUCAAAUGAACAGACUUGGCAUGAAAUCAGUGUGACGGAUGGCAGAAAGGGUGUAUGGGAAGAGAGAAAGUUAACCAAGUACACAGUUGAAGAGCGUGAAAAAGACAGAAAGGGAUGUGAUGAGGAAAAUAAUUCCCAAGAUUAUCAAUCACGAUUAGAGCAGGUCAACCAAGGUGAAGAAUUAACCACGCCUAUUUCAUCCGGCCUAGAACAUAAUACUCAAGAACUGAUACCGAUGAUAAAACCAAAUGAUAUUAGUGAGCAAAUAAAUAUUACGAAUUCUGAUGGAUUUAAUUUAGAUUCUGUUGCAGGCUCCAAUAAUCUACCUGUAGCUGACGAAGUAUUUCCCGAAGGGUCUUCCAUCAAAAGCCCACUGCCUACACAGCUUAAAAAAGAGGAGAUUGAUGCCGAAUCUUACAACAGUAAAGUAUCUGAACUUGACACUAAUCAGAAGCUAAACCUCUUCAAAAACGAAAGCAAACUUGAGCGUGAAGAAUCUACAGACAUAGACUUUGCUAACUCUGCUGCUGAAGUUGCAGAUUCAGCAGCAUUGCUACUUGAUCAGGAUAUAUCAAUGCCUCUUGUUUCCAACCAGGAAGCUGGCCAGAUAGGUUAUAGACGCCUGUCAAGCACGCCCAUAUCCGAGGUAGCAAACACAGCUGCUGAAGUGGCUGACACCGCUGCUAUACUUCAAAGUGAAGAAGAAGUAUCAAUAGCCCCAUUUGAAGGAAACUUUGAAAGCCCAGAAGGAAUUCGCUUUAUCUCGGGUCAAUCUACACCGAUCGAGGAACGAGUGCCUCAAUUUUCACAUGAGUGUGCAAAUUUUCCAGAUUCUACAGAAAUUUCCUCAUAUCCGCCACCAAGUAUUGAGCACGGGUCUAGAAAACCGUCAUACAAUUUCUCCGAAGAAAUUGACCUCAAUGAUCCCACAAUUCAAAUGUUUCCUACUGAUCGAGCUUCAAUCAUAGCCAAAAUCCAGGAAAUUCAAGACCGUCUACCUGAAGAUGAAACUCAAAUAGAAGGAGUCUUGUUAUCAUCAGCGCAUGACGAAAGUCGUCGACCUAGUAUAAUCACAAAUCUAGCCCAAACCUCUCUAAAGGCAUCGCCAUCAAGUUAUGAUUGCGAGCAUCCUAGACCACUACAUUCUAUUAUUGAAGAAGGCAAUGAUAAAAUUGAUGUUUCUAAUCCUGAAGACCCCACUGCCAACUUUGGAGACCAAACUAGCGCAAAAGAAGGUUUUAAGGGUAUUGGACGCUUAGACAAUAAUAGCCAAGGAUGCCAUAUUUUUAAAGUAAGCGAAUUAGAUUCAAUGAAAGAGCAAUCAGAUCAUCGGGGAGAAAAUUACUAUGCCCAAGAACCUACUAACCAGUCUCAACCUUCUACUGAACUCGAUAUAAAGAGCGGUGAAUCUGGUAAUGUUUCUCCAACUGGCUCUCCAACACACAGCAUAAAUAUCGAACCAGAGAAAGAACAACAAGUUGUUUCAAACUCAAACCCUUCUGAUUUUAACCCCUCCAUAACUCUAGCUACUUCAUCCGAACAAAUACCCCCUGUAGAUGGAGAAGAAACUAAGUCAUACCAUACUAACAAAAAAGAUGAUAUAGUUGCUGCCUGUCCAGAAAUUGCCCAUGAUUCGGGACCACGAGAAGUUUUGUCAAGCACAAAUUUAUUAUCUCCCUGUGAAGAUAACCAGGCCAUGUCCACAGGAGUUUCGGGUGAAAACUCAAGUCGGCUCAACCUCCGCAAGCCUCCAAGCCGUCGAGAUUUAAAAGCUUCCGAUCGACCUAUCACCCCGAAUUCUAUUGGCUCGUCUAAAAAAGAUGUUAAAAGCAGGAAUUUCCUUAAGGCAUUUUGGCGCGUGAUUAUAGUUGAGUGGAUCGGCGGUAUGAUUAUGAAACUUUGCGGUGUUGGACGUCGCACUAGUUUUAUCACAGUGGGCGCCUUUUCUCUUCUCGCCAUAGCUCUAGCUAUUUACCUAAUCGAUGAUUGCUCACUCGACGAUGAAUGCUUCAAUGAAGAGCCUUUCAAACAAUAA